UUAAUUCCAUUCUCAAAAAUACUACUCCUAUACUUUCUCAUGAAUGAUUACUUGUAGGAGAUUACUUCAUUUCUUUAUACCGAAACUUCGUUCCUUAGUCGCUAAAUUUGACUAACAUGAAAGCACCAUCGUUGAAGAAGAACAAGAAGGGAUGGCUGAUACGGUGGUCACCAGAUUUCGGGAAUGUAUUCUUAAAUACUAAUAGUGAAAAGUCAUCCACUAGCUUGCUCAAUUCCUUAUAUAAUAACUGUACAUAGUCCCUCCGAUAUUGAAUUCCAUCUUCACAAGAUCAUUGUGCAUGUAUCGGAGAAAAUUAAAGUUCAAAGCAUGGCGGUUUCGAUAGAGUCAUCUUACUUCUUCAUGCCUCUCCAUCUCUUUCUUUGUUUAACGAUCUUUGUAGGAAAUUCAUCAUGCAGUGCAAUUGCACCAGCUAUAUACGUUUUCGGCGACUCGCUCCUGGACAGUGGAAAUAACAAUUUCCUACAGACUCAAACUAAAGGAAAUUAUACGCCUUAUGGAGUUGAUUUUCCCGGCAGACCAACCGGCAGAUUUACAAAUGGUGCUACCGGAGGAGAUUUCAUAGCAACAUUUCUCGGCUUACCUUAUCCGCCAGCAUAUUUGAGUCUGUCUGAGGCGAGGAGGAGAAUCACAACCACUGGUAUCAACUAUGCCUCGAGUGGCUCAGGAAUUCUUCCCGAGUCAGGAACUGCACUGGGAGACAUCUUAUCUAUGGAUGAGCAAAUCGAGUACUUCAAAAACACAGUGAAAAACGAUUUGCCUAGAAUUUACAGAUUCCGGGCAAUCCUCUCCUAUGCAUUGUCUAGGUCCAUCUUCGUUAUUUCAACAGGUAGUAAUGACUAUCUCAACAACUACUUACAACCUCAAUUCUACAACAGAAGCCAAACUUAUCCUCCUCAGCAGUUUGCUAAUCUCCUCUUAAACACUCUGGAACAACAAUUGACGACUAUAUAUGAUUUAGGAGGGAGAAAAUUCCUAGUUUACGGUUUAGGUGCUCUGGGAUGUUUGCCAAUUGUGAUAGCUGGAGCUAAUCCGAAGCCAACAACUGUAUGUGUAGAAGAUGUAAACAAUUUGAUUAACAUUUACAACAAUGGAUUUCCGGCUAUGUUACAACGACUUGGUUCAAAAUUACGAGGCUCUACUUUCGUCCGAGCCGAUCUUUUCACACUAGGUUAUACUCAAUUCCAAGAUCCUGUUAAAUUCGGAUAUACCGAUGGAAGAACUCCGUGCUGUAAUUUUGGAAUAUUUGGAACGUGCAUACCUGGACAACAACCAUGCAAUGACAGAGAUAAUCGUCUUUUCUAUGAUGCGAUUCACCCAGCUCAAAUAGUCAACCACCGAUUUGCAAGAGACUGCUUCUUCGGUAACUCAGCGUUGUGUACCCCGAUCAACAUUCAACAAUUAGCAUUGAAGUUAUGAUUCAGUCACCAGUGAAGAGUCAAAAUUUCACCACUGUCUAGCUAAUUGCCAAUAAAAGAUAUCAUAUACAGAUAGAAGUUCUUUGUUACUCCCAAGUUCUACUGUUCCGCACCACGGUUACAUGGUCAAUAUCUGCAAAUUGUUUGUAUUUUUUUGGCAUAAAGAAAAUGAAAUAAUUUAUUAAGCUCUA